AUGCCUCCUAAGCGUAAACGAACAAACACCCUAACCGGCACCGAACCCACCAUCAACGUCGCGCAGCCGUCCUCACGCGACGCCUCAGAAGAAGACGCCAUGGACCCCAUCCUACAGGAAGUGCUGGAGCAAAAGAAAUCCGAGCCCUCAGACCCUCCUUCAAAGCGGACACGGAGCCACAGGCGCGACUCCGGCAGCAAGGCCGAGGACGCCAAAAACGAGUCCGAGGAAGCGAUUGAGCAUGGCGAGAAUGGCGAGAGGGGGACCAUGAGCAUGGAGGCGCCGCCGAAAGCUGGGCUGGUUGACCCGGUCGGGUAUCAUACCAACCCGCCGCCGACCGACCGACCUGUGCGAAUCUACUGCGAUGGAGUGUUUGAUCUGUUCCAUCUUGGCCACAUGCGCCAGCUCCAGCAAGCCAAAACUGCCUUCCCCGACGUCUACCUCCUCGCCGGCGUGACCGGCGACAAGGAAACGCACAGGCGAAAAGGCCUCACCGUGCUCUCAGCCAAAGAGCGCGCCGAGAGCGUCCGACACUGCAAAUGGGUCGACGAAGUGAUCGAAGACUGCCCCUGGAUCAUUGCCGACGCGCCCGAAUUCAUCGAGCAGCACAAAAUCGACUACGUCGCGCACGACGACAUCCCCUACGGCGCGGACGAAGGCGACGACAUCUACGCGCCCAUCAAAAAGGCGGGCAAGUUCCUCGUUACGCAGAGGACCGAGGGCGUUAGCACCACGGGCAUCAUCACGAAGAUCGUCCGCGAUUAUGAUAAGUAUAUCUCGCGCCAGCUGAACAGGGGUACCAGCCGCCAGGAACUCAAUGUCUCGUGGUUGAAGAAGAAUGAGCUGGAGCUUAAGCGCAGCAUGGCUGAGCUGCGCGAUAAUAUUAAGAAUAACUGGACGGCGACUGGACAGGAGCUGGGAAAGGAGCUGAGGCAGUUCUGGCAAGGCAGUCGGCAGGCCAGUCCGGCGGGAUCGAUCCGCGGUACCUCGAACUCACCCAAGAGGGAUGCGCUCUCAUCGCCAUCGGUGGUGGCGCGCUUGGGCCAUCUUGAUGUGCCGAAAACGGGUCAUGGUAAUGGCGGGCCCUCUUCGGACUUUGCUGCUGGAUACAGCCUUGGGUUGCUGGGUGGUGUGCGGUCUUGGAUGACUCGCAGCCGGCGCAAUUUGAACGACAGCCGACCCCAAAGUCCCAACAGCAGUGAAGACGGUUCAGACGAUCACAAAGACUCUGCAGACGUGCCAAGAGGGCGACGAGGCAAGAACAUCCAGGACGAGGUCGAUGCCCAAGUUGUGGAGGAGAUGGACACGCGACGGUGA